CUUGAAUAUUAACGCCCCUCUCUUUAUAAAAUGGUGACGCAUCCAGAGGGUGCGUACCUAACAUUCGUCAUGGAGACUUCAUUCGACUGGUUGUUUUUAGCAGACUUGACGAUGAUAGUCAAUGAGUUCCUGUCACCUUUUCAGGCCAUUGCAACUCCUUUUAGGGACUAAGUGUGAGCCUCCGCGAGUCCAGCUUCGCUGGAGUUCGGAAAGCGUUAUUCCCAUUGCUAGAGGCUGAGUAUGAUACCAUGCAGAGUAUUAAAUAGCUACCCAAAUUAUUCUCUCCGCGCAAAGUCGCUCCAGGGGGCAUCCAUUCAUCAAUGGCAGUUACCGGACCGUGUUAUAUUGAUGUUGAGUUUGACCAACUGUAGACACUACACAGAUAAAAAAAGGGCAAAUUUUCUGGCAAGAGCGCAGAUAAUAAAUCUAGCUAUUGCUAGGAAAAGAAAUCGCGUUUCCACGGCUCAAUCCUUUUCUUCUCUCUCAAAGUUCACUCUCAAUAGAGGGGUUGUCUCUUCAUCACGCAAUGAGGCUAAAAAAAAAACCGAUCGGAGGAGCGGGCGAGAUCGCGAUUAUCGCGCAAAAGCUUCAGAUGUUUUGGAUGUACUUGGUCUUCUCUUCAAAACUAUGCAUUGGAAGUAUAAAGGGAAUGCGACGAUAUUAAAGUCUACCGAUAGAAGCGAGCCGUGUUCGCUUUCGAUUUUGAUUGAAUCAUACCCGACUGACAUAAUGCGAUCCACCAAUGCUGAUCGUCGCAGGAUACCACAACUAUGUAAAUAUAAAAUCUCGGUCACACAAUUAGAGAGACUGAAACCUCGCCCUUACGGUAGACAGAUGUGCGAUUUCAUUUCAGGAGUUCUGGCGUCUGUCCUGGUGGUCAGUUCACGAGGGGAUAGACCGAUAUGAUAUUUGCGAUCACAACGCGCGCCUAUCAAUCGACUGCAGUUGAGGACAGUGUGCAUUAGGCAGCGCAUUCGACAAUUUGAAACUUGCUAGACUGGCGGCGGCCGGGU